AUGGCAGGCAGACGGGAGCCUCUGGCCAACGUGCCCAACGCGGUCAACUCGCCUUUCCGGACCAUCACCGCCAGCGGGAAACGCACGCGAGCUCAAGCUGGCGACCACCGCGAUGCGAUAUCUGGACAGCCUCCGUCCAAGAAGCAGAUAAUUGAAGUUCCACACGAUGACGUGGAGAAUGUGGACCCGAAGAAGCGACAGUUCGUGGCUGUGGGUGCUCAAAACAAGUUGGAAGAGCCUUUCAUGAAGCGGACAUCCAAUGCACCGCCUACAGCCUUUGAGAGGAAGCUCGCCUCCGCACGCGGGAAGAAGACUGCUCCUCAGCAGCGUCUAGAGCCUCAGCGUGGGCCCAGUGCGGAGAAUGUCGAGACCGUCCGUCAAUGGAAGCGACACUACAAGAAGCAGUUUCCCAGCUUCGUCUUCUACUUCGACACUCCCUCUGAUGAGGUUCGACAACGGACUCUACGCCCUCUUCAGCAUCUUGGAGCACGGGACGAGAAGUUCUUCUCGAGGGCCGUCACACAUGUCAUCACGACGCGUCCAAUACCACCGGAGCUUACCAGCACGAGCCCGAAUGAAGAAGAAAACUUCCCGGACAACGCGAUGAGGCCUGCACAACACCCCGUACCAGGCCACGACCAACGAAGAGCGACAAACCUACUGGACGCUAACCUGCAGCGACGCGCUCAGAGUCAGGGUUUGCAUCGGGCACAUGAUGUCGACCCACGAAGAGCACAAGCUUCCAGUACUGACAUACUGUCUCGUGCGCGCGAGCUUGGUAUCAAGAUAUGGGCAGUGGAAAAGUUUACACGCAUCAUGAAGACCAUUCUGGAGCCCGACAAUGUCGACAAUGGCACCACCCAAGACAUACGCAAUCAUGCUACCGUCCACAAGACUGCCAGCAAGCCUUCGAAGGAGGUCGACCUGGAGCAGCUGCUGCGUAACGAGAAGAUCAACGGCCCUGCUGAUCGCGACAUGACUGUUGCCGCACAGGAUAUGGUGUCCUUCAAAGGCUGCUACAUCUACAUUCACGAUAUGGACGAGAAGACGAAGCCGGUCAUGGUUCGGGACUAUCCUAAACCCACCAGCAAGGAAGAUGGCAAGUGGCCGCAAUUCCGUCUCACGCCUGCUGGUCGCUGCCCGUUCAUCGAGGACCCUGCACAUACAAAGAAGCUGCAGCAGAUGGAGCGCGAAGCCGCGGCGAAUGCCAAAGCUGAGCAGGAGCUCGCUGCACAAAGAAGGACUCGCGGUGCAUCGCAUCUUGCUCCUCCCCCGCGCCCUCUUGCAGAACGUGAGGGCAACCUCAGACGUUCGCCUCGAAAGCUUGCCCAGCCACCCGUGGGCAACAUGGCCAAGCCGCUGGAGCCCCCUAAGAGACUGCCUACACAGCGCCAGUCUUCAGCAGAGGGCAUGCCAGUGCUGUUCGGCAGUGCUCAGCAAAGCCUUCGUGGUCUGCCGCGCAUGAUCGGUGGCGAGCCCAUGGCUUCGGGCAUGCAGCAGUCGAACGUGACUUCAGCCAUCCGGUCACAGGCCAUCUCGUCUGCCGCCAUAUCGUCGACUGCGCCAGGCAUGCACAGGCGUGUCGGAGACAGCAAGGAAGUGUCAGCUCUGAGGCGUCAGAUGCUGGAGCGCAACACCAACGUGCCUUCGAACCACAGCAUGCCAUCCUCGUACAUGAACGACGUCCGAGCCGCCAUCAACGACGACAACAAUCCGCCACCACGCGCAGCCAAGCGCAAGGCCCAAGAGACUCUUGGUGUUCUGCACGAGGAUGAAGAGGAUACCUACGAUAUCCCUCGCCCACCCCACCGCAAGCCACCGGCGCCAAAGAAGCGCAAGCCUGUGCUGAAGGAGGCGAAACCUGGGUACUGCGAGAACUGCCGUGACAAGUUUGACGACUUUGACGAUCACGUCCUCUCCCGCAAACACCGCAAAUUCGCCAUGACCCAGGACAACUGGAAAGAACUCGACGACCUGCUCGUCCAGCUCAAGCGUCCGCACAAGGUGCCGCAGUCAGCGUAG